CGCAGCAGCACUCGAAUGAAUGAGGAAGUAGACUGGCCCCAGUUCGAGCUGACUGUUGCUUUAAAACGGGUCGGCGAACUCAUGCGGGAACAUUCGGGUCUGGGAAGGUUUACCUAGAAAUCGCAGCUGAUUUAUUUCUGUUUUUCCCGCAUACAGAGAAUUUUAGGUCCAUGAUGGCGGCGGAACAGGACGAGUCUAAGCUUUCUCUGCUGAGUCUAGAGGAGGACCUGACCUGCAGCAUCUGUCUCAGCACCUUCGACUGUCCCGUCACCAUCCCCUGCGGACACAACUUCUGCCACGACUGUCUGCUCGCCACCUGGAAGGACUCUUACAGCUGCCCGCAGUGCCGGACCCUGUUCGCCACCAAGCCGGAGUUGAAGAAGAACACGGUCCUCAGCACCGUGGUGGACACAUUCAAAGGCAGGUCCUCCAAGGGUGAGGCGCUCUCGGAGAGCGAACCCAAAGGGGACCUUCUCGUCCGCUGCGACUUCUGUAUGGAAGCCGAGGCGGCUCAGACCUGCCUCACCUGUAUGGCCUCCUUCUGUGAGGAGCACCUGCGGCCUCACCGGGAGAACCCCAACUUCCGCCUCCACCAGUUGAGUCAGCCCGUCGGGGACCUGAUGGAGCACAUCUGCCCCGACCACCACAAGCUGAUGGAGCUCUUCUGCACCAAACACGCGCGUCUGAUCUGCAGCUUCUGUCUGCAGCAGGUCCACAAAGGCUGCAGCUACACCUCACUUGAGGAGCAGAGGAACCUGAAAGAGACUGACUUGAGAGCCAAGAUAGGUUUACUGGAUGGGAAGAUUUCACGGAACAAGACGGUUUUAUCGAUGAUCAGCGAAGUGGAGAGAAAGCUGCAGGAUUCCGCCACCACCAGGAAGAAGGCUGUAUUAGCUGAGUACCAGCACAUGAAGGCCAUGUUGGCCAGAGAGGAGUGUGAAGUCCUCAAAGCUGUCGACCGAGAGGUGGAGAUGGGGCAGACCAAAAUCAAAGACCUCAUGGCUAAAUUCACUGACAAUGUCGAUAACAUGAACAAAGCUAAAGAGGAGAUCCACCGUCUGCUGAAUCAGACCCAAACCCUGGCCUUCCUACAGGUAUGUGUUCACUCUGGGGCUUCAGCACCAUCACAACUCGCUGAUCCAGAUUAUGCAACACAAUUAGUCACACCUUUUAUUUAUCUUCUUAAGACACACAUGUAGUGCUGAGGUGCAG